GAUCUAGUUAGGUAUCAACCUCUUACAACCACUAUAACACUAGUCGGUGCAACAGGGGGAACAGUUUGAGCGAGAUUGUAGGCUGUGUUUGUGAACUCAAGGACAGAAGAGUGUGGAUUUUUCAAACAUGAUGAGCUACGAAGAUUCCGUCGUGAACAUCUCAACAGCAGUGACUCAAGCUACGAGGUACUGUACCCACACGAACACAGAUUUAGUUAAACGAGUUCAGGACGUGGCAUAUUCCUAUAGUGUCGAAUCACAGAAGCCCAAGAUCAAAUCAUCGGCUGUCAAUUCUGUAACAAGUGUAGACAAGCUCCAUAAAGACGGAAGCGAAGUUCAUAGAAUCCGUCGUCAUUGUCAGUCUAAUGCAAGGUCGACUCGACAGUUGAGGAGAAAUGAAAGAGAACGCGGUCGUAAAGCAAGGUUAAAUGCAGCUUUCCAGGUCUUAAAGAGUGUAGUACCAGACAACAUUAAUGCAGGAUCAUCAGACCGAAAACUAACUCAAGUUGAGAUACUUCGUUUGGCUAAAAACUAUAUUUCUAAGUUAACUGAGCUUCUGAAACAGGACAAUAAUUAUUCCUUUUCUGUCUUCAACGCAGAGUAACAGAAAUAUCGCAAAUACACGGAUUAUGGAGUCAAAUGGGAUCGA